AUGGCGAGAUUUUCCCUCCCAUCGCCGGCCUUUGACUUCUUCCAGCCCCCUCCCACACUCGACUCAAAGCCCAUCUUCUCUAGAGACGAGGAGAUGAGCGUGCUAGACGACAAGAUCCUCGACGCCGGCGCCCAAGACAUGUCCAUGGACAGCUCACGGCGGCCGUCCUUUGACCAGACCACAGACGAGUUCUCGCGGCGAGAGUCUGUGUGGUCGGAUAUGGCUCAACACCAGACCGAUGCACAGUCACGGCAUCCAUCGCAACUAUCAACGCCGCUCUUCGAGCCCAUCAGCAACCCCUUCUUCGAUGGUGCGGUCGCCAACCCAUUUACCGGCGGCGCUGUUGGCCAGGUGCAGCCGAUGUCCUACCAACAGAUGCAAUUCAGAGCCUCUCCACCCUUCGCUGCCCCCAAUUCUAUCCCCAUGUCUCCGCAGUCGAGCCAAGGUUGGGUGUCGGGAUCAUCAGAAGUACCGGAAACCCAGUCAAGGCCGGUCAGGACCUCGGCUGGAUAUCGAAACAGCGGAGCCAGCCUCACCAUCCGACGGGACGGCAUUCGCAAGAAGAACGCUCGUUUUGAUAUCCCUGCCGAACGCACGUUGAGCAAUAUCGACCUCCUAAUCAGCCAAUCCAACGACGAAGAUGAGAUCAAGGAACUCAAGCAACAGAAACGACUAUUGAGAAAUCGACAGGCGGCGCUUGAUUCGCGGCAGCGAAAGAAGGUGCACACCGAGCAGCUAGAAGAGGACAAGAGAAGAUCUUCUACUCACAUCAACGAGCUCCAAGAAGCCCUUCAGGAGAUGAAACUCCGAGAGGCGGAACUGGUCAGAGAGAAGAACGAGUUGCUUAAAAGUCAGCAACAGUUGCAUCAGUUCGUUGAACAGGUACACAUGGAAAAAGAGGAGUUGGUGCGCACCCACACCCUCGAGACUGGCGAACUUCGCAAGAAGAAUACAAUUCUCCGAGAGCAUCUCGAGCGCAUGGAAAUGAACGCCGCCCAUUUGUCUACGCCUGGUUCCGCGAUGCGUAACGACUUCUCUGACUACGGCAGCCUUAACGUUGACAACCCUUCAUGGGACUCGUUCUCCCUCGCUGAUGAAUUCAGCCUCGACCCUGAGCACCGCGCACUCCCACGCAGCCCUACUCCUACGCCCGCUCAUCAUCCAUUCAACCUUGACUUCAACACUAAGAAGCCAGAGAAACAGGCAGAGAAACCGUCGACCCAGUCCGACUCUGCCUUCAGCUGGAACGCCUUCUAUAUGUGUCUCCUAUUCGGCGCCUUCAUUGCAUCAAACAGCACCUCCACGUCACAGCCUGCCAUUCCCGCCUUGUCCGAAGAAUACCGUGCCGAGUCUGCAAAUGUCCUACGCGCAGUUUUGGCCUCUGCCUCCCCUGAGGGAAACUCCGCCAGCAUCAUUGGCCCCUCUUCCGGCCCCGGUGCUCUACUCCCCACUACCAUCAGCAGCAGUGAAAUGGCCCAAAUCACAUCUGGCCCGGCAGGUAACUCUGGCACCAACCUUGACGCUCUGCACCAUAACCUUGUUGCGCCCACCAAGGACCAGGAAGAUGCCCAGGUCUUUGCCAUGACUGCCAAACAGUACCAAUCCCUCACCACUCUCGGCGACGACGAGAUGGGUGAUGACCAUGUUGCCCCUCCAUCGAACCUGCAACAAGCCUACGCAGCGAUGCGUAAUAGUGGACUACAGAACCGCGCUGCCUUCAAGGGAAACGGAAAUCCAGACAUCUACUCGAGGUCCUUGAUGUGGGAUCGUGUUCCACAGAAAGUACUACAAGAUUUCAACAACAUGGUUAGGGAAUGUGGCGGAAAGCCUGUCAAAGCUGAGGAGCCUGGCAGAGAAGUUCGCAUCUCUUAA